UCUCUGUCUACAUCCUCAACCUGGCAGGGGCUGACGCCCUCUACCUUUGUUGCUCCUUUCUGAACCCCAUAUUUGGAUUUUGGGGAUAUAAUUCUGAUAAUUUAAUAUGUAAAAUAGUCAUUCUUCAGAUACAUGUCUUACACUGCAGGUCUGAACCUCCUGGCCAUGAUCAGCACUGAGCGCUGUCUAUCCACGCUCUUCCCUGUCUGGUACCGAUGUCACCGUCCCAAGCACACGUCAGCCUCGGUCUGUGCUGGGCUCUGGGUUCUGGCCAGCUUGCUCGAGUUAAUGCCUUUUCUCUUUGAGGAAUAUGUAUCUUCUUCAUGUUACAACUUCGUCAUCAUCGAAGGUGUGUAUUUCUUCCUCCUCAGUAUCCUGUGCGUGUCCAGCCUGACUCUGCUGCUGAGGGUCCAGUGCAGCUCCCAGCACCAACAGCCCCCCAGGCUCUACCUCCUGGUCCUGCUCCCGGUCCUCGUGUUCCUGCUCUUCGGCCUGCCAAUAAGGAUCUCGGAAUUCAUGUCUUUUCAGCUCAACAUAAAAUCCAUACCUCCUUGGCCCUUUGAAGGCCUGGCCUGUGUGAACAGCAGUGUGAACCCCUUCAUUUACUUCUUCAUGGGCAGACAAAGGCAUAACCCGAGGGAGCCUCUCAGGGUGGUGCUCCAGAGGGCCCUUGGGGAUGAGCAGGAAUUAGGACAUAGGACAAGCACCCCCCACACCAGCAGCCAGGAGACUUCAUUCUGAGUCUAAGAAGAUGUUGAGACACAGCAGCCCUUGAAAUGAGCCCCCUGCCCCAAACCGAGUACCAGCUCCCCCCCCCUCCCUGGGAGGAAAAUCAGGAUUCCCCUGCUAUUAUUUAUGUGGAUGCCUAAGAUGUGAACUCUAAGCAAUGAACAUUUAUUAGGUACUUAUUAUAUACCAGGCAGUUGGAUAUCCAAAAAGGACAGAAUUCCAAAGCCUGGAAUGGGAAGAACUGAAGUCACAUCUACUCUAAGAAUCUAGUUGUAUAACCCUGUACAAGUUAACUCUGUCUCAGUUUCCUCAUCUGUAAAAUGAACUAUCAAAAGAAAUGCCAAAGUUUUUCAGUAUGUUUGUCCAGAAAACCCCAGAUAGGGUCAUAUGACUGAACAAGACUAUACCAGGAAUGAUACUGACAUUCAAAACAUGUCAUUUAGGGGCGGAAAGAUGGCACACUGGAUAGAACACCAGCCCUGAAGUCAGGAGGACUUGAGUUCAAAUCUG